AUGAACAAGCUCCUGGAUGAUACGGAGAAGAGAAAAGCGUCCACCGCCGCUGCCGAAGCAGCUCUCGCGGCCAAGGAAGAAGGGGUCAAGGCCAUGAAGGCAUCAGUGGCCCGGGAUCGGGAGAAGCUCCCGCGGGACAUUGCGAGGUCGGACGUGCUUCAACAGCAGCGUGAACGGCGAGAGCAGGAUCGUGUCAGCAAGGCUGCUGAAGCGGCGACUUCCAAGCUUCCCCCUCUCGCGCUGAAGUUUGUCGAGGACUCCGUGCAAUCGCUGAGGCUCAAGACUGGCGAGCUCACCACUCUGCAGCAGUCGCGGAUGAUUCUCCUGCUGUACUUCGACCUGGUGAAAGGAGGCAGCUCUGAGAACCACACAAAGGAGCAGUAA